UACAGUCGCUUUCCUUAGCGGAGCUCACAUCCCACUGUCGGGCCGCAACCCCAUGCUGCAGGAGGCACUGGGCAUCCGCCCACACGUUCUGGGCCUGAACAAAAUGCCUCUUGCUUGUCGCCUUCAGAUCAUCUUGGAGCACCUGAAGCAGCAGGGAUGCUCAAACGUCGUCUUCACUGACUGCCAGCGUGAUAGCAAUGUCAAGAAGAUUGUUCCCCUGGUUGCCAAGCUGGUGGACAACAGCCCACGCUACCACAGGGCUGAGAGCAACGACUACAGCAUCAUGGUGAUCGGUGUGCCCAACGUUGGCAAGUCGUCACUCAUCAACUCUCUGCGGAGGCUGCACCUCAAAAAGGGGCAAGCCCUCGGGGUCUGCGAGAAGCCCCUGAUGUACCUGGUGGACACGCCUGGUGUGCUGCCCCCAAAGCUGGGGGACAUGGAGACGGGCAUGACGCUGGCGCUGUGCGCGGAGUCUUGACCCUCUUUUUCAGGAGCCAUCCGUGACCACCUGGUGGGGGAGGACAUCAUGGCUGACUACCUCCUGUAUGUCCUGAACAAGCAGCAGCAGUUCCAGUACGUGCGGCGCUACGGGCUCACUGAAGCCUGUGACGAUAUUGAGGCCGUGCUGAGGCGCGUGGCCCUCACCCAGGGCAGGAUGCAGAAGGUGAAGGUCCUGACAGGCACGGGGAAUGUCAACGUGACGAUGCUCAACUACCCAGCCGCUGCCUACGAGUUCCUGAGGGACUUUCGGGCAGGACGCCUUGGCAAAGUGGCACUC